AAAAUAAAGAAAGCGAAAUAAAAAUAUAAACUAAGGGCCAAAAAUAUUUUGAAAUCUGGAAAAGCCCCUUUGGCCGGGCCGUGAGCGACCAAGGUAGACUCUAUAGAGAGAAAGAGAACUGUUAGAGAGAGAAAAAUGAAAGGUGGGAGAAAGAGGAAUUCCGGCACCGACCCCGCACAGCCACCGCCUCAAGACCCGGAUUCCACCGUAGACGGCGGCGUUGCGGCGAUGGAGGAGAGGCACAAUACAGAAGAUGACAGCGGCAGAAUCGAAGGUGCGGUGGAAGAUUUUGAAGAGGAAGAAGGAGAGGAUGAGGAGUUUUCGGGAGCUGAUAGAGAGUACGAGCAGCUGGAAGAGGCGCAAAUUGGGGAGUCGGCCGAGGGCCAGAGGACGAAGCUCGCCGAUGGGUAUUAUGAGAUCGAGGCCGUACGCAGAAAGCGCGUCCGAAAGUGUGUCGGGUUUGGUUUGGAAAGGCGAGGCUGGCCGGAAGCAGCAAAUACCUGGGAGCCAGUGGGAAAUCUGUUGCAGUGUUCGGAUAUUAUCGAUGCAUUUGAAGAAAGCCUGAAACCGGGAAAAAGUAGGUCUACACGCAAAAGGAAACGCAAGGCUAGUGUAACUCACGUUCAGACCAAGAAAAAACAACAGGACAAACAACAGCACCAGCAGAGGUCCCCUGCAGCCGCCACAUAUAGCGUGCCCUCACAUGUGAUAAGGAUUGCCGACGAGCCUAUGCUCUUUCCCAGGCUAAACAACUUCACCUCUGCAAGUGAGAGUGGGCAAACUACUGUAUAUGGCCAAAACAGUCUCGAAAUUUCCAAGAAAGCAAAUGAGAAUGGUGCAAGAAUUGUGAGAGAAGAAGAAAAGGAACAAAAGGAGUGGAACUUGAAACUCUCCGAGCUGAAGGGGGCAAUGGUGGCCGGCCAAGAAGACUCUGACAGGCUGGCUCAAACAUCCGAAGAAGGCCAACAGCCAACGGGAGAUGAUUUGGCGAACGAAUUAAGAACUGAGGGGGUGAAUCCUGUGCAAACCGGCCGUUUUACCGGAGCUAAAAAGAGGAAAUCGGGUUUUGUGAAGAGGUUCAUGAAAGAUCCAGAGUCGUGCUCUAUGGAUGAUGCAGCGAAUGGGGUGUCGGCUUGUGGGCCCCUUGCGCCGGAAAGUGUUGAGUGCACUGAUUUUUUCGGGAAUAAUAUGGGCUGCUGGGAUAGUAAGUACGAGAAUAAUUCCAAAAGCAUGUGCGCGAUUACCCAGAUUGUGAAGCCUAUUAGCUAUAAGGCUUCCGUGGCAAACAACAUCCAAGAUGUGUUAGUGGCGUUUGAGGCUGUGAGGUUUGUGAUCUAAUAUUUAUUGCUCUUAAUUUCAUUUUUAUCUUAUUCCGACCGUAGAUAUGUUAUUUUUAUGUGAAGUUGGGAGUAUUCUAGGGAGAAAAUAUCUAUGUUGUGCACGUGCAACUGAUUACAUUUGUUUGUUGUUGUGAGAGAUCGUGUUGGCUACUGGUUUAUAUUAAAUAGUUCCAGCUAGCUGACAUUCUGUUACAACGUUGUGCUGUCAGCUUGGACUUUUGACUUUCUCGAUACUUGUGCAUUUAUGUUUGAUCUAGCCGUUUUCAGGUUUUUUUUUGUUAAUGUUCGUUGUAUUUGUUAAUCUGCAAAAAUGAGAUAGGAUGGGAUUUGUUGUGUGGUCUUCUUCAGUGGAUGACAUGAAAGACAUAGUUUAUUUCACUGCUUUAUUUAUUGGAGGAUCUGAUAUAUUGUUGUGGAGAAUAACGAGUUAACUCAGAAAAAAAUGGUCAUAAUUAUAUGAUGCCAUCCUAGAGUAGAUAAAUAUAUGUGCACAUUGUUUUUUCUUUUAACGGUCUCUCAUCCUGUCAAAUUUACCAACUUUAGGAGUUCAGUCCAUUAUUCUUUUCCUGUAUUUAUCACUCAUAUUUCCUUUCCUGGAUUUCCACAUGAAAGAAAUUAUACAUGACAUUUAUUAUUAGUCUUAUUUAUAUUUGCGAAAAAUGUAAUACAAUGCACAUUAAUUGAUGGUUGCACAAUUCUCUGGACUAGACAGUUCCUUGUAUAUCUCUCUGCAUUUUUAAACUUAUCUUGAUGCACAAAGUAUAUUUAAUUUUUAAUUAUGUGAUUAAUUAAAUAAUUUAUGUCUUGAAAAUGAGACACAUGAAAAUGAAUCUCAGUCUAUCAUCCUUUUUUUUUUUUGAAUUGAUUUUCUAAAUUUUAUUGAUUUUUGGCUCAAGACUUGUUUCACAACUUAUUUUUCCUGUUAAAACGACAUAAAUUUCUUGCUGGCUUCAGGUCCGACGGAACCAAAGUGAUAGUGGAUAACAAGUUUUUAAAAGCUUACAACCCACUUCUAGUAAGUGCUCUAUUCUGCUUCAUCCUCUUCUUCAUAUAUUAUUAUUAUCAUCAUCAUUAU